AUGGCCAAUAAAUCAGCGAGCAAGAAGAAGGCAGAAAAGAGUGAAGCUGAUGCCCUACCAUCAGAUAAUCACCUACCAGCAGAAGACUAUCUUGUAAAAUUUAUUAAUUUUAAACCAAAUGAGAAAGGAGAAGUUAAAUUACCUCCAAAUUCGAGUUAUCUGAGAAAGAGUAAAAGGCUUGCUAAACUUUUGGAAGAAAAUUCGUGGAAAUUAGUGGAGAGUGAUCGUCUCAAUUCUAAAAAACAUGUGUAUAAUAAGAGUCAAUUUGUAGAGAGUGCAUCUAUUGAUGAAAUUGUCAAAUUGUCAUCUAGUCAAUCAACUUUAAAUAUUGGUGCCACGAGCAAUUCGAAGAGUUCACAAAAAUCAUCAUCAAAAUCAUCAUCUUCAAAAUCUUCGUCAUCGACAACAACCAAGAGAAAGGCUCCAGCCACUAAAUCAUCAUCAAAAUCAUCAAAAAAGAAAAAGAAGGAAGAAUCUGAAGAAGAAAUUGAUUAUGAGAGUGACGAUUCGAGUGAGGAGGAUAUUAUUUUAGAGGAUAGUGACGAAGAUGAAGAAGUAAAACCAAAAGUUUACAAUACCAGAAGUAGAAAAGGUGCUGCUACCACCACAACAGCUGCAACAAGUAAACCAACAACAACGAGCACUGGAUCAAAGAGUUCAGAAUCCAAAGAAGAAAAGCCCACUAAAUCAAAGAGCUCAGAAUCAUCCUCUUUGAAUAAAACCGAAACCAAAUCCAAGACAAAAACCGAAACCAAAACUAUUUCCAAACCAACAGGAAAGACAACAACAGCUUCAACAAAAACUAUUGAUUCAUUCUUUAAGGCAGCACCAAAGAAGAAACAGGAAGAGGAACCAGUAGUAAAUGAAAAAAGUGAGGAAGAAGAGGAAGAAAAGAAAACAACCCCAAGAAAAUUCAAUAGAGUUGGUCGAUCUGCCACCACUCCAGAGAAAUCAUCACCAUCUACAAAUACCAAGACCACUACUACAUCUCAAGAGCCUACCAAAAAGAUUGAGCCUACCAGGACAGAAAAUGGAAAGAUUGAUUUUUCUCAAUUCAUGAAUACCAACACUAAUGUUUCCCAAUCUCCAUUCUCUCCUUCAAAAAAUUUGACAAACAAACGAGUUGCAUCAACCAAGUAA